CGUCUUUCCCCCACCCCCCCCACCCCCAGUCAGGCCCAUCGGUCGCGUCAUUGCCAUGCCAACGGAGAUCGGUUGGUCCGAGGCGCUGGUCGCCAGUUGCACAGCAGCCAAUGGAAAGCCCCCAGCCAACGUCACGUGGAAUGCCAAACUCCAGGGGAGGGUGACGUCAACUCGGAGGGAAAAUCCAGACGGGACAGUGACUGUCUUCAGUCAGUACAGAAUAAUACCCAGCAGAAAGGCCAAUGGACAGAACGUGACAUGUGUGGUAUCCCAUGAUGCACUAACGGCUCCGGUGAGCUUACCAGUGACGUUAUCAGUCCUCUGUAAGUAUGACAUUGGGGGGGCAUUAUUAACCAACAGUGUCUCAACUCAUUUUGGGUCUGUUAUUCCCAGGAACUCAGGGGUUGUACCUGAACGUGCCCGCAUAGCGGGGGAUCAGCUGAUCAUUGAACAAGUGGAUUAUUCUGUCAACGGAACAUGGAUUUGCGAAGCUACAAACAAACUUGGCAAGGGGAAAGGAGAAAUUAUAAUUGUAGUGAGAGAACCAGACUCGCUCCGUGCAGGCAAGUUUUAUGGAUCCACCAUGGUGCUCAUUGUCACAGGGACCAUCAUAGGGAUCUUGAUCAUAAUUGUCUCACUCGCCAUUGUGAUUGUGAAGAAACAGAAGACAAUGGAGGACGGCAAGUCUGAUGCCCAGCCUUUUACCAGAAAGCGGAGCCACAUCACAGUGUUUGCAACUCUCAACCUGAACGUGCUCGAUGGCGCUAAUUCUUCAAAGACGGACGUGAAUGAAACCGGAGCAACAGUAAAUGCAGAUGUUAACGUUAAUUAGAGAGUCUUCCUUUGUGGAUCGGACGCUAAAUGGUGGGUCUGAGUCAAUACUGUAACUGCUCGGUAACCGGGUCCAAUUAAAAUCCGAAAACACGCUCACAAUGACUCCAAACAUUCUGGAACUGGAUUCUUAUGUUGCUGUAAUAGAUAUUAAACACUGUGUGUAACCACUUGA